AUGUCCAGUCGCCUUCUUGUGUCAGCCGUGCUGGCUUGCGCGGCCUUCACUGCCACGCGGUUCGUCGCCUUCGUGACUGCCCCGGCCACCCCCAGCCCUCCGCUCCGUCGCCACAGUGCCGUGGCGCUGGCAGCCCGAGGCGGCGGCGAGUUCGACAUCAGUGAUGCGGACAUCCAGACUUUCUACCAGUCACUGUUGACGGGAAAUGGCGGUGACCCGCCUAAGGGCACCGUGCUCUCCGAGCUGGUUGUGAAGUUCUUCCACGGCGAGUUUACGCCUCAGGGCUUCAAGCGCUACUCCGGCCUGUGGAAGGGCCCACCCCCGGGCAACAUUGGCAAGAAGGACAUUGCCGUGGGAGUGCAGGGCUUGAUCGCACAGAUGAAGAACCCCAUGUUCGUGACCAAGGGAGGCGUCGGCUACGGCGUCGACGAGACCCAGAAGGUCGAGGACGAUGGCAAGGGCUGGGUCUGGCUUGCUGCGGAAAUGAGCCCCGGAGGUCUGGCUCUGGAGCUUUUCAAGUCCGUCCCGUACGGCAAGCGCGCCCUUCUCGUGGCGCAGCAGAGCAACGUGGACGAGCUCUUCAGCAAGGUGAACUGGGACGUCGCCCUUGGAAACAUCGAGAAGACCUUCGGAGGGCCGCAGAUCAAGCAGCGCUGUGCACAUUUCUUGAGGGAUAGGCAAGCAGCCAGGGAAAAGGACCAGGGUGUUAGCAUCCCUGGUGACACGGCAGACGACUUGCAGCUUGCAGCAUACGGGCUCCAUCAGUGCAGCAGUGGUCUCAGAGCCAUGUCCAGUCGCCUUCUUGUGCAGCUUGCCAGCAAAUCAAGGUCAGCCGUGCUGGCUUGCGCGGCCUUCACUGCCACGCGGUUCGUCGCCUUCGUGACUGCCCCGGCCACCCCCAGCCCUCCGCUCCGUCGCCACAGUGCCGUGGCGCUGGCAGCCCGAGGCGGCGGCGAGUUCGACAUCAGCAGCUUGGUCGGGAGUGAUGCGGACAUCCAGACUUUCUACCAGUCACUGUUGACGGGAAAUGGCGGUGACCCGCCUAAGGGCACCGUGCUCUCCGAGCUGGUUGUGAAGUUCUUCCACGGCGAGUUUACGCCUCAGGGCUUCAAGCGCUACUCCGGCCUGUGGAAGGGCCCACCCCCGGGCAACAUUGGCAAGAAGGACAUUGCCGUGGGAGUGCAGGGCUUGAUCGCACAGAUGAAGAACCCCAUGUUCGUGACCAAGGGAGGCGUCGGCUACGGCGUCGACGAGACCCAGAAGGUCGAGGACGAUGGCAAGGGCUGGGUCUGGCUUGCUGCGGAAAUGAGCCCCGGAGGUCUGGCUCUGGAGCUUUUCAAGUCCGUCCCGUACGGCAAGCGCGCCCUUCUCGUGGCGCAGCAGAGCAACGUGGACGAGCUCUUCAGCAAGGUGAACUGGGACGUCGCCCUUGGAAACAUCGAGAAGACCUUCGGCGGGCCGCAGAUCAAGCAGCGCUGA